GCCGUUUGAUAAGGGCAGGAGAGGACGCAUGCGCCCUUGCUGCACGACAGUAGACGCAAGCACAAGCGGUCCUCCCGUCGCUUCAUGCGAGUGAUAUGUGAUAUAUGAGCCAUUGCUAUUUCAUGUCUGACUAAUAAGCUUCCAUUGACGGACUCUACCCAGCCGCUACACCCGUUUCAACAGUAACGAGGGACAAAAUGCCUUUGACCUUCUGUCCCAACUGCAGCAAUGCGCUGACCAUCUCGCGAGGGGAAGCAACCUCAAGGCAUCCUCUCGGAGCUAACCGAUUCGAAUGCCGGACCUGCCCUUAUCAAUACGUUCUCGAACAGAGCUGGUAUGAGAAGACGCCCAUGAAGCAGAAGGAGGUCGAGGACGUUUUCGGGGGCAAGGAAGAAUUUGCAAAUGCGGAUAGCAUGGCCACGCAAUGCCCCGCAGAGAACUGCAAUGGCGAACGUGCAUACUUUUUCCAGCUGCAGAUUCGAAGUGCCGAUGAACCUAUGACUACGUUCUUGAAGUGUACUUCGUGCGGUGCCAGAUGGAGAGAAAACUGAGAUAUUCGUGGGUGGAUGCGAUACUACGGCUAUAUACUGACGGCUGAAGGAUUUCGAUCAAGACGAGUGGUGAGCAAUGAGAGGAAUUGCUGGCGUAGAAUAUCGCUGUCAUUGUCAAGGGUGUUAAGAAUUUGGGUGUGAUUUACACGGAGCUUAGAGAUACCCCUCAAUUGUUAUGAUCAACAUUAUUUUUAUG